CUCUUGUUGAAUAAUUGUGUAAAUUAGGCUUCAGACGUCCAGUUUUAUCUAUAUUUGAACAUUUAAACCCCUGUUAGAGAGCAAUGUCACCCUGUCAUCAUUUGUUAUCUACGCCCCUGCUGUCAACCACCUGACCAGCUGCGCGCGCGUCCUCCGCCAUCUUUGAAUUUCAGGAGGUGUGUGGUUGUCAACACUCCGCUGCCCUUUGCCUAAAAGUUACUUUAUUUACAUAGUUUUAAAUAAAAUAUCUCCUCACAGCAUGGCUAACCGAACCAUGCAACAAGCGGGCAUGCAGAGUAUCAACUCUCCUCACACACCGAGACACGGGACCGACUCCCCGGGCCUGGAGCAGUCCCCGGCGAACAAAGACAGCCCUGCUCCCCCGCAGCAGCAGCAGCAGCAGGAGUCCCCUGCAGCCGAGGACCAGGCAGAAGACACCGGGGAGGAAGGGGAAGAUGCUCGGGAAGAGAUGACUCUGGAUCUCACCAGUUUUCGGAAGCCGGGUGAGAAGACUUUCACCCAGAGGUCGAGACUGUUUGUGGGGAACUUACCAGUGGACAUCCCGGAGGAAGAGUUCAGGAGAAUGUUUGCUAAAUAUGGAAACGUGGAUGAUGUGUUUAUCAACAGAGAGAGAGGGUUUGCCUUCGUUUGCCUGGAAACCAGGACUCUUGCUGAAAUCGCCAAAGCAGAACUGGAUGGAACUAUUUUGAAGAAUCGACCAAUCAGAAUCCGCUUUGCCACGCACAACUCUGCACUCACAGUACGCAACUUGUUGCCGACGGUGACAAACGAGCUUCUUGAACAGGCCUUUUCCCAGUUUGGUCUGGUGGAGCGGGCGAUCGUCAUAACAGAUGAUCGUAGUCGUCCUACGGGGAAAGGGAUCGUGGAGUUUGCGAACAAACAAGCGGCGCGCAAAGCUUUGGAGCGCUGCACGGAGGGAGCGCUGCUGUUGACCAACACUCCUUGUCCGGCCAUUGUUGAGCCUGCAGAGCACCUUGAUGAGGAGGAUGGACUGACUGAAAAACUGAUGCACAAGACUCCAAAAUACCACAAGGAACGAGAGCUGCCUCCUCAUUUCGCUCAGCCGGGGACGUUUGAGUUUGAAUUCUCGUCUCGCUGGAAAGCCCUCUACGAGAUGGAGAAGCAACAGAGAGACCAGGUGGACAGGAACAUCCGAGAGGCCAAAGAGAAGCUGGAGGCGGAGCUGGAGGCGGCGAAACAUGAACAUCAGCUCAUGUUAAUGAGACAAGAUCUUAUGCGACGUCAGGAGGAGCUGAGGAGACUGGAGGAGCUCCGCAAUCAGGAGCUGCAGAGGCGGAAGCAGAUCGAGAUGAGGCAUGAAGAGGAGAGGAGGCGGAGAGAGGAGGAGAUGAUGAGACACAGAGAGCAGGAGGACAUGAGACGCCACCCGGAAGGCUUCAAACAAAACUACAUGGAUAAUGUCCUAUUUGAGUACUGCGUCCAGUGAAAGAAGAGGUUAAAUCUGAAUUUCCUGUUGCUGAAUGAAUGGAGUGCUGUGGUUAAAAAUAGGUAGACCUAUUUUCUGCUACGUAGUGGCGCCGCCUCCAAUGUGUGCGUAAAGACGCAUUAACAAGUGGCACCGCAGCUGAUAAUCCAGACAGGAGUUGCUUUUGGUAACAGCGGAGCCUUACACUGAUGGUGGAGGCUGUUGACGGGAUCUCUGUGCCCGGUGCAUCACCUGAGGACUGCCGGACUGUGAGCCGGAGAGCGUCCGCAGGCUGGAUGGACAAGAUGUCUCCACAGCAGGACAGCCUCGGUGGACUGCAAGAGAACAAGAGGCGGAUGAGGUCGAUGAAUUAUCGCCGACAGUCUGCCCCGUCCCUUGUCAUCACCAAGGCUCUGAGCCGGUCCAAGACACUCUCCAGAGACAACUUUGUGAUUCCCGUGUGCCCCGAGUCCUGCCCGCUGGUCCAGUCCUUCCUUACUGGCUCCGACAGGACCUUCCUUCUUCACGGACAUGCUCAGUUGAAAACCGGCAUGCAAACUCAGGACAGGCACCUCUUCCUGUUCAGCGACAUACUUGUGAUUGCCAAAGCCAAGUCAGCCAAUCACUUCAAACAGAAGGCUCAGGUGCGUUUGUGUGAGAUGUGGACAGCAGGGUGCUUGGAUGAGGUGUGUGAGGGGAGCACAUUCCCGGAGAGGAGCUUCGUCAUGGGAUGGCCCACCUGCAAUUGUGCCGCCGUUUUUAGCUCUUCAGAACAGAGGGAGAGGUAUCUGACUGUCUUCAAAAGUCAGCUUAAAGAAGAGAAGGAAAAGGAAGAAACUAAAACGAUUCCACUCAGAGUGUACGGAAAGGGAAUCAAUACGUUUGCUGUUACAAAGAUGCUUCCUGUCAGCAACUGUGAUUCGACCAAUGAGGUGAUCCGACUGGCGUUGCAGCAGUUUGGCAUCAUCGGAAAUGUGAAAGACUUCCAGCUGUGGGUCAUCUCCAAGAGGGACAACAACCUCUAUCCUCUGAUUGGUCAUGAGUUUCCCUUCAGUAUCCAGAUGAGUCACGUGAGACACGCUAUGGCUCUGGGAGGCAGCAGGGAUCCGCCUGCAUCACCUGCGGACAGACAGCGGGCCAUGCAGGUGGAGCAGAUGCAGGUGUACAAGCAGUGUCAGUUCAUCCUGAAGCCUCGACCCACUGAAGCACAGACGGCAUCCGCAGACCUGAGUAAGAAGACGUUUAAAAGGAGGCGUUCCCUCAUCACAUGGGCCUUUUGGCGAGGCUCCUCCUACAACAUGAAUGAGCUAUCGGAGGCAGCUCAAGGCCGCUUGUUCUCCCAACCACUCAACCUGCUUUGCGUUGACAACACCCUCCCAAAGCCUAUCAUGGACAUGCUGGUGUUCCUGUACCAUGAGGGGUCGUGUACACGGGGGAUCUUCCGUCGCCCGGCGGGGGCUCGAGCUGUCAGGGAGCUGAGGGACUCUCUGGACUUGGGAAUGUUUCAACUUCCGCUGUCGAAAGAUAACGUCUUCAUCAUUGCCGGAGUCUUUAAGGAUUUCCUGCGCAGCAUCCCGGGCAGCUUGCUGUGCUGUGAACUGCACGAGGAAUGGAUGGAUGUGCUGGACGAAGACGAUGAGGAGGAGGAGCAAGUGCAGGAUGUACAGAGAAUGGUUUUUCGCCUGCCCAAAGAAAACACCCUCCUGCUACGUUACCUGUUAGCCAUGCUGCACGGUAUUCAAGGCAACGCCCAGGAGAACCAGAUGACCAGUUUUAACCUAUCGGUGUGCAUUGCUCCCAGCAUGCUUUGGCCCCCUGGAGUGCCUUGUAGCCCUGAAGUGGAAGGAGAAGGAACUAGAAAGGUUUGUGAUCUGGUGAAGUUCAUGAUCGAGCACUGUCAGGGGAUUCUGGGAGAAUGUCCGUCCGCACUGUUUGGGGGGCCACCGCAAAAAACCAACACUGAGGAGAUGGGAUCAGACUCCUGGUUGUACCCUCUCACCGACUCGUCCUACGACAGUCUGGAGAACGAUUUAGACAACAGCAGCGGAGGUUCUCCAGGCUUCUUCAGCAGAGGGCUUCUCAAACCCAAACAGCUUCAAGGCAGCCUGGACUCCAUCUUAACAUUUAGCGACUAUGACCAAGAUACAGAACCAGAUACCUUAGAGAAGCUACAAUCAGCAGAAGGAACCAGAACUAUGACACAGGAACCAGAACCCUCUUGUCUCGGCCAGAAUGCUCCGACUGUGAGCGCCACCUCCAAUCUGGAGUGGCUGUCUCUGGAUCCUCGGCAUGGGCAGCGGCGGCGGCGGUGCUCAGAGCCUGCUAUAGCCUACAUGGUGAGACAUCAGCCGAGCAGUGAUACACUCACUGGGGAAGAUGAAGAUGACGAAGACGAUGAAGAGAUGUUUUCCAAGAAGCCAACUAGCGACACACCUGCUCCCUCAAGAGAUCAGACCAGCAGUGGCGGAGGUGAGUCCUUGCAUGGUCCACAAUCUGCCUCCCCUGCGCCCACCUGCUCCUCCCAGGACUCUCUUAGCAGUGAGCAUGCCUGGGUGACCAGACGAGGGGAAACAACCUCGCAAGUUCUCCCCAACGCUGCACCUGCUCCCUUCUCAGUCCCCUUUACGACAUUCACCCCAAGCUCCGCUCUGAUCUCAGACAAGGUGACUUGUCCAAAAGCCUCGCCACCCAAAGAACCUCAAAGCUGGAGCACCCUGAAAGACUGUGGCAGCCUCCACCCAAACUCUUGGCUGAAGAAAAGCAGCAGGUUGUCACGCAGCCAACAAGACAACUUGGAGAAGGAAGAGGACUCGAGUGGGGGAGGACCCACCGAGUCACUCCACCUUGGGAAACUCCCUGAAGAGAAAGGGAAAGCCACCAAAAGCGCCGGAGCUUUCAGUUGUCAAUCAACAUCUAAAACUAUUUGCAGAACCUCAAAAGAUACAGGGAGAAGGGGCCAUGUAAAAGGAGGGCCCAGCCAGGCGACCCUGAAUCCUCGACAACUCAAACAGAACUCAUCCAGCCCCCCUUCCCACCACCGCUCUACAGGUAGUCUACAUUUCCCCUUAUCCCCCUGGUUACAGUCCACGGAUUCCAAAAAGACUGUCCAGCAGCUUGCCAAUGUUGCAAGUGUCACCAACCUCGGGCACACGGCAAAAAGUCUAGGGAAUAUAUCCAAGCAAGGGUCGCCAUAUUUGUUUCUCAAGACGAGUACGCCCUCUUUAUCUAUUCUCAAGGAAAACAAGUCCCACUCAUUGGACGAGGAAAGCAGUGCCAGGCACCAACAGCGUCGGGUGUCAGAACCUGGGCAGCAGAUCGUACAGCGAGCCGCAAGCCUCCCAAGGAAAAGGCUGCCCAGCGACCCAGGACUGAGGGUGACUGAUGUGGAUUGGAAGGGGGAGACAUCUGAGGCCCGUUUCUGCCUCACCCCUUGCGCAACCAAAGCAGUGAAGGAGUACUUCUCCUCUCACAGACGAAGUAACCCACAGAGCAGCAAGCAGGUGGCGCUCGCCCUGGUGGAGAGUCGCAGGGAAUGGCUAAAGAGAUGCAGUGAUGCCACCGCAGAGCCAGACUUUGACCAGCUUCUGUUCGCUGAAGAAUCCUUCGUGUGAUUGAUUGCUUUCCUACAAUGAACAGUAGAGCUCUUGGCUGAGAAUGGAAAAUAGUUAUACUUGCCAACUUCAGGGGAAACUGCUGUUUUCUCAGACCCUUAAAAUGUGAUACAUAUUUGCCUAAGCCUGUGGACGUGAUAUUAGCAAACAUUUCACACAAAGGCUAGGUACAUUUUGUAACACAUGAGAUUACAUAGAGCUUACUGCCAUCAAGGCAAUUUAUGUACAUUUUAGAUUAAAUAUCCUCAUGGCUGGAACUACACUUACAGAAGGAAUGCUACUUUGCAGAAUGAUUGAAUUCAAAUAAUCUUUGUUUCGGUCUAACCUGCUGAAUUAUCUUUCAAACCAGAUCUGGCCAAGCUUGAAACCUGCCAAUUAAGUCUAACUAAUGUUGCCUUUCUUAAUUCUGGACAAUUAGAAACUCUAAUAAUGAAGGUAAUUUAACUGCUGAUUGAAUUGAGCUUUAAAAAAAUCUAUUUUUUUAAGUUAUAUUAUUUGGGCUUUUGCAGCCAUAUGACAUGCAGGCAUAUUGUAGGCAUAAAAUCUAUGGCCUCAGCUUCACUUUCUAGAUUUUACAAUUUGGAGACCGCCAUCUUUGGGCUUCAUAACACCUCUUCAGAAACCAAUGGGUGACAUCACUGAGAGUACAUCCAUGUCUUAAACAGUCUUUUGGUUUAACAAUAAAUCAAUCUUUAUCUAUAUAGCGCCAAAUCACAACAAAAGUUACAAACAGAGCAGGUCUAAACUGUAUUAACAAAGACCCAACACCAAGACAGGGUAUGAUCCAGUCCCCUCUUACAGGCAGGGGGCAACUGCACCUUGCGUUUUAUAGAAGCCAGUAUGAAUAUUAGUGUCGUCAUCUCAUAACCAAACAGCUUAUGUAAUAUCUUACACAACCGCGAUUAUAUCUUUGUGUGAAUGUUAGAGUAUUAACUUAAACAAAAGUGUUCCAAAUUUAAACACACUGAGUUUUGUAAAGAUGUGUUUAAGCUUCUUAAAUGCAAGAACUUCCUUAAUGUGUGGGGGUUUUCUGACUCUGCAGAUUUUUGUGCCGCUUUUUGCCAAUUAUAGCAUCUACAGAGAGUUUCAUUAUGGACUUUUAGAAACAAAAAUCUUUGCUCUUUUAAUAUGAGAAGAAUAAUUGUGUUAAGUCUUAUAAACACUGCACACAUUCCGUUUUUUUUUCCAACAUUAGCACUUAUAGCUUAGCUUUUGCAGUAGGUAUGCGAUCUGUGGGUGUAACUUGUAGGUGCCAACAACGUUUUCACUAAAGCCUGUUUUGAUGUAUGUUAAUCAUAUGUAAAUACGACCUACUGAGAGGAAUAUGGGCACAUGUAUGUUAUUAAAGCUUUAUAUUUUAGGCAGCUUAAACCAUCGUUAGGCUACAAGACUUUUGCUUUAACUGUCUUUGCCUCCUUUCUAUGUACACGCCUGAAAAUCUGUAUUUGCAAAUAAAAAUGAGUGAAAAUA